UCUCCCUCCCUCACUCCCUCCCCUGUGUUGUCUGGGAGGGGGAGCCCUGCCUCCUUGCCUUCUCAGAUCAAUGCCCUGGCCAGUCACUUUCUGAUGUUGCACGCCGGGAAAUGCUUUGAAUACUUGCGACAUGGCCGCUCACAAUGAUUGCAAAGAUUGACAGCACUAACCAUCGCCUUCACUUGUUUCAGAGAGAGAGAAAAAAGAUAGAUUACAACAAAACAUCAUACCGGUCUUGACACAUAAACUUCUGUAUAAAGAUCGGGAUCCCCUAUCCAUGGCCCGGGGAAACACCAGCAGACUUUAGUUUCUUUCUGUUGUAUUUUCCAGAAAUCAGUAAUUCUUUAAUUAAAAAAAUAAAUAAAUACCGAAAACCGGAUACCUUAAGGACGCGCUUUUCUCAUUGCCUGACUGGCUUCUAUAAGGUCAUUUUCAUGAAUUCAAAAUCAACAAACCUGUGAUUGCUGGGUGCUGGGGCUGAUUUCUUUCUGUAUCUAACCCCAAAUCCUGAAAUGGAGAGCUUUCUUCGUAGCAGCUUUAUACUGAGAAGAAUGUCUUCCAAGCAAGCCACCUCUCCAUUUGCCACUUCUGCCGAUGGAGAGGAAGCCAUGACCCAGGAGCGGGUGUCGUGGGACAAGGAGGAGGGCGGUGAUCAGUACGUGGCCGCCACACUGCCACUGCACAACAAGCCUCUCACCGAGGAGCUCCCUACUGUCGUCGCCAACAUCCAGUCAGACUCUGACUGGGAAAACAUGGUCUCUGCCCAGCAGCGAAUGGAAUCUGACAGCAAUAAAGCAUGUUCCCUCUACUCCUUCCGAAAUAACUCUACCUCACCACACAAGCCAGAGGAAGGGGGACGUGAGCGUGGAGAACUCUUGACAGGCUCGGCCUUCGGGACGCCAGAACGCCGCAAAGGAAGCCUCGCUGACGUGGUGGAUACACUGAAACAGAAGAAGCUGGAGGAGAUGACGAAGACUGAGCAGGAUGAAUCUUCUUGCAUGGAUAAACUUCUUUCCAAAGACUGGAAAGAGAAAAUGGAAAGACUUAACACAAGUGAACUUCUUGGUGAAAUCAAAGGUACCCCUGAAAGCCUUGCAGAGAAGGAACGGCAGCUCUCCACCAUGAUCACCCAGCUGAUAAGUCUGCGGGAGCAGCUCCUGGCUGCCCACGAUGAGCAGAAGAAGCUGGCAGCCUCGCAGAUUGAGAAACAACGACAGCAAAUGGAGCUCGCCAGACAACAGCAAGAACAAAUUGCAAGACAACAACAGCAACUACUGCAGCAGCAGCAUAAAAUCAACCUUUUACAGCAGCAGAUUCAGCAGGUUCAGGGUCAGAUGCCUCCACUGAUGAUCCCCAUUUUUCCACACGACCAGCGGACUCUGGCAGCGGCCCAGCAGGGAUUCCUCUUCCCCCCAGGAAUCACAUACAAACCAGGUGAUAACUAUCCCGUGCAGUUCAUUCCGUCAACAAUGGCAGCUGCUGCCGCGUCAGGACUCAGCCCUCUCCAGCUCCAGCAACUGUAUGCAGCCCAGCUGGCCAGCAUGCAGGUGUCACCUGGCUCAAAGAUGCCUACCCUUCCCCAGCUACCCAAUCCCUUAGGCCCUAUCUCACCCACCAGCCUCAAGAGUGAAAAGAGAGGGACCAGCCCAGUUACUCAAGUUAAGGAAGAGGCAACGCAGCCGCUGAAUCUAUCAGCCAGACCCAAGACGGCUGAGCCUGUCAAGUCCCCUCUGUCCCCAACACACAGCUUCUUCUCAGUGAGCAAAGGCAGUCCCAUUAACCCGCCAGCUAGGAGUGGCAUCCCCAGUCCUAUUGGAGGGGGUCUCGGAAGAGGAUCUUCUCUGGAUAUCCUCUCCAGUCUGAACUCAACGGCCCUCUUCGGGGACCAGGACGCUGUGAUGAAAGCCAUCCAGGAGGCUCGCAAAAUGAGAGAGCAAAUCCAGCGGGAGCAGCUGCAGCAGCACCAGCAGAGCAUGGAGGGGAAGCUGUCCUCCUUCAACAACAUGGGGAUCAGCAACUGCAGGGGUGACAAGGAGAGGGCACAGUUCGAGAACCUUGGUCAUCAGUUGUCAGGGAAACUUGGCGAGGAUAGGAAGAUGGGUCCCAGAGUCAUUGACCUAACGAGGCCUGAGGAUGUAGAUGGAAGUAAAGCAGUGAAUGGCUCUGCAGGUAAACUACAACAGUAUUAUUGUUGGCCAACAGGAGGCGCCAGCUCAACUGAGGCACGAGUGUACAGGGAAGCCAGAGGAAGGAACAACAACGAGCCCCACAUCAAACGACCAAUGAACGCAUUCAUGGUUUGGGCAAAAGACGAGCGCCGGAAGAUUCUCCAAGCAUUUCCUGACAUGCACAACUCCAACAUCAGCAAGAUCCUAGGUUCUCGUUGGAAAUCUAUGUCCAACCAGGAAAAGCAGCCUUUUUACGAGGAGCAGGCCCGACUCAGCAAGAUUCACUUAGAAAAAUACCCCAAUUACAAAUACAAGCCCCGACCGAAACGCACCUGCAUCAUUGACGGGAAGAAACUAAGGAUUGGGGAGUACAAGCAGAUGAUGCGAUCUCGGAGACAGGAGAUGAGGCAGUUCUUCACUGUGGGGCAACAGCCUCAGAUUCCAAUCAGCACAGCUGCAGGUGUUAUGUAUCCGGGAGCUAUCACCAUGGCAACGACCACGCCCUCCCCUCACAUGACAGAUUGCUCCAGCACCUCUGCCAGCCCCGAGCCCGCCAUCCCCGUCAUCCAGAGCACUUACGGCAUGAAGAUGCCAAGCGGAGGCGUGAUGGGCACCGGAGCAGUGAACGGAGAGGAUGAGAUGGAUAUGUAUGACUAUGAGGAUGAGCCCAAAUCAGACUAUAGCAGUGACAAUGAAACCCACGAGGCUGUCAGUGCUAACUGAGGAGCAGCUGCAAAUUAACAGAGGAAAAAGAGUGAGAAAGAAAGAAAGGAAAAAAAAACAAAAAACUUGUUUUUGAAUAUAUGUUCUUAAAGAGCCUGCAUGCAUGUGUGGCUCGCACAGAUUCAUCAGCAAAUGGUCUUAAAUGUUUCUUAAUGUGUGAAGCAGUUUGAUUGUUCUUACUUUUUUCUUGUUUUGUUUUUUUUUGUUCAUGGACAUUUUACACUUUUAGGUUAUUGCCUAUAAAACUUCAGAUGUCAGGACUUGAAAUCUAACAUUUAAUAUGAAUCGAUAGCUUGAUCAGUCUUACUUCCUUCUUCUCUUAAGGCCUACAUUACUGUUUUUGAUGGGGGUUAUAUAUAUAUAUAUAUAUAUAUAUAUAUAUAUAUAUAUAUAUAUAUAUAUAUAAUGUUGUCACUCAGGUAUGCUGUGCUAGCCAACAGCUUGUGAAUGUGUUUUUAAUCUGAAUUAUUAAAAAAAAAAAAAAAAAUCAUAUUAAGGUAAAACAAAGAACACAGAAGUCCACACGUGUGCACAACUGCACAGAGGGAAACAUCAUGCUCCCUCACAAAUUUUUCUUUUUUUUUUUGUUUUGUUUCCCAUAUUGUAAUGUGCCAAACUUUUCAAAACCUUUACAUCUUAAACUUACAAAUUUUACAAGUCUUAAGUAAGGCGCUUCAAAAGUCUUAGACAAUCUUUUGGUAUCUUAAUGAAACAGCAUAAAUAACUUUCUUUUUCUUUCUAAAUAAUAGUAAAGUACUCAGGAAUUUGGAGACCGGAUGUUGUUAAGUAUUGGAAAUGGUUGCCACAGGGCAUGUGCCCAAUUGCUUUUGCCUCUUGAUGUGCCAGGAACGCAAAACUCUUAAGCAAGCAGAAUGGAGUGAUCACCAGUUACUGAGCAUCCAUGUCAGUGGAAACAGAUGGCACCACACUCAGUUGGGUCAGUUGGGUCCUUCUUCAGCCCUUGCAUUCAGUCUUACCGAGUUUACUCUUAAUCAGAGUGAUUGUACUCAUUCCAGAAUGUCAAUGGGCCAACAACUUCCAAUCUAUGGAAUUGAAAACACAGGAAACUCCAGUUUUUGAAGCAUUAUUAUUAUUAUUAUUAUUAUUAUUAUUUGUUUAUUUAGCAGACGCCUUUAUCCAAGGCGACUUACAGAGACUAGCAUUAACACGUUACCCACAAAUCAGGUACAUGAACAAGUUAGAACAUCCUCAUCUACACAACUGAAAAAUAACGUAAUAAAACAAAGUCUUAAAUCCUAUUUAGAGUAAGUUUAGACCAAGUAAAUAUCACAAAUAAGUCUUAAAACGUCAGAUUGUAUGUACAGAACUGGGGGGGGGGGUACUGUACUGUACAAGGCACAUGUUAAAAUGGGAUGACAAAUGCAAACGUUAAUGUAUUCAAGACAUUUGAAGGUAAUCAAGAUUUAUAAGAUUAUUCAAGCGGCAUGUCACAAAUAACAAGAACUAUAUACCGUACCAGUAUAUGGAUGUUCAAAACUUGGUUUAAUUAUUUCAAUCAGUUGUGUGUAAAGCAGAAAUUAAAAAGGUACUUUUCAUGACUUUUGUGAAAUCUUACUUGAAAGACAUUACAUCACAGGACCCAUACCUGUAACACUGUGAUUUCAGAGUUCAUCAUUUCAUUCUGCCCAUGUACAGUGACCCUUAAGGCCAUUCGUCCCAUCCUACCCAUGGCAGACCUUCCCCCAAGAGGGUGCCAUCUGUUUCCAAAUUGUAUUGAGUACCUAUGAGGGGAAAUCAAUAGGGAAUCUGAAGCAUCAUUGAUUGUGCGCUUCAUCAUGGAUUCCAAGAGCUCUUGCGAAACCUCUGUGCAAAGGUCCACAAGAUGCUGUAGACCAGAUGGAACAAGUGUGUCAAGCUGUGGGGAUUAUUAAAAAGACUGACGAGUAGGUAGCCUCUCAAAAACAGCAUUAUUCAUUUAUGAGUUGUUAUUUUUGGUAUGCCCUUGAACCAAUUUAUUGCAUUAGUUACAAAGUCAGUGUUGGCCAACAAAAACUUUUCUAAGUUAUUUAUUUCCUUAUUUCUUUUAGAUAUUUAUUUUAAAGCUUUUUAAAACAUAGUGUAUCUACAUGGAUGUGGCUGCUGAUCACUCUGUUUCUUAAAGCAAUUUAGAAGGUACUGGUACAAAUGCUUUUUUUUAAAAAAGAAAAUCUGCAUUGGGAUUAUUAUUAUUAUUAUUAUUAUUAUUAUUAUUAUUAUUAUUAUUAUUAUUACACGUAGGUUUGACUUAAGAUUUCAGUUUCCCUGUUUCUUGCAUAUAAAGUAUUUAUUAAGGUCUUAACUUUUUAACAGUUCUCAAAGCUCCCCCUCUUUUUAUUUGUUUUUUAUUGUAUGUGUAGAACGCCAUGUCGGAAGCUGUGUAAGAGUAUUUUAACUAUAUCUUUUUGCACACAGGCAAACAUUUUAGGUUUAGGUUUUAUUUUUUUAUUUGAUUUGUUUUUUUCUUUUCUACAUGACCAUGCCAAAAUAAUAUUCUGCAGGCUGGUGGAAAACAAAGGACUGUUCUUGGGACUGAAACUUGAUUGAAAAAAUAAACUCACAGAGACGUUGUUUCGUAAGUGUUAUAAGCACUGGAUAUAAAUGGUAUUUUUUAUCACUUCUGACUAAUGUGAAGCUGUUGUACGAAAAAAACGACAUGAACAAAAUUCAUCAGUUUCGACUCGCGUGGGCUUGUCUCACAGUUGCCAGAUUUGAGUCAUUUUUCUGUCUAGUUAUUUCGUUUAUUUAUGCAAAAUACGUUGUAUGUAUGGACACUUUGUUUUAGCUCCAGCCCUGCUUAGGUGUUGAAGUUAUGUGACUCAGCCACAUGCUCACAUAGUAAUUGGCUACCUGAGACUCACCAGACUCCAAAAGCCCUUUUUAUUGGUCACAUACAUUUGUAUUGUAUAUUGUAUUUGAAGCUAUAGCGUGCAUAUAGACAUUCUGUUUUAUUUAUUAGCCAACAUUGGCUCUAAAAAAAAAUAAUAAAUAAGUGUCAGUGCAAAAUAAUAAAUAAAAGGACAAUCAGAUUAAUAGUAAAAAAAAAAGAAGAUGAAAUCAUUUGAACCCCAGUUGGAGCUCAAAACAAAGUUUUUAUUAAAUUCACCAUCUCAUUUUCUUUUUUUUUAAAUUGUAAAUAUAACAUAGGAAAAUAGAUUUCUAUUUUUGUUCAUAAAUACUUAGUGAAGUAUAAGUUAUGUAUUUUACUGUUUUUAUGUUUAUAUCAGUGUAUGUUGGUCCACGUUAAAACAAAAAGCUGACAAGUCACUGUACCUCUUGUAGAUGCUGAAUGAGAGCAGUAUUGGGCCUGCAGCUGAGACAGCAAGGCACCUCACUUGUUUGCAUUUCAAUGAGUUAUUCAUUCAGGGAUCCAACCAACCCAUAUAAUAUCAUAUAUGUCUUUCUAAUACCUGCAUUACUGAGGUAUGUAUAGGAUUACAAAAACAUAUUUCUCUUGAUCAAAUCAUGAAAUAGGCCUGUGUAGAAAAACAAGGCCUUUGGAAAACAGCUGUGAAGUUCAAACUAGAACACAUUAUUAUAAUGAUGUUCUAGAACACAUUAUUAUAUAUUUUUUUAACGCUGUGCCUUCAGUGUUUUACAAAUUCAGUACAUUUAGGUUUUAGCUUAUCAUGUAAUACAUCUAAUAUUAUUAAUGUUAAUGUAUAACAAUAUAACAUUGUAGUUAUUUUGCCAGGAAUACUGGCGUGGAGUUUGUCCGAGUCUCCCAGCAUGUUUUAAUUAGUUUGGAAACAGUGAUAGUACUGUAUCGUAGUGUGGGUUUCCCCAAGAAAGACACCAACCGUAUAUAACAACUUACCAGAUGUAAUGAAAAUGACUGGUACAAGGUACAAAAUAUUAUAUUAAAAGAAAAUCAUACAAGAAGUUUGAAGAUGACGGCCAUUGCCAUGGCCAGUGUUUAUGAUUGUUUAUAGGAACAUGCAGUUAUAGUAUUAUUUUUUUUUUUAUUCAGUCUAUGGGCUCUAUUUUAUUUCUCUAGACAAUGGCAUAUCUAAAUACAUCUCCUAACUCAUAAUAAUCCCGCUGGUGUUUGUUCACCCAAAGGGCAAUUUAAUACCCCCCUUUGAAAAUGACUACAUAACAUCAAAAUACGGUCAAUUGAGGUAUGUGAAAAAUCAGGUCUAAACAUUUUUAGAGUGCCAGUAUUAAGAUCCUCCACUGUUUGGAUCAUUAAAAAUAGACCUUUAUGUUUACUAUUGCUUUUUAAUGAAAAAAGACAUUUUAAACAAAGACCCAACUUGUGUAUAAAAUGUGGCAUUUUUAAAUCCUGUAAUUACAAGCAAAGGAAACAAAACUGGUGAAUGGGUUGUUUAUGGAUAUUUUGUUGAGAAACACAAGUGAGGGCCCUGGUGCUCUUAGAGUAUGGGAAACGUGCAAAUAUUUAAUAGUUUGAAUGCUGCACAUUGCAGAGCCGCUAGUGUGAAUUGUUUGUCUUCCCUUUGUCCUUGUGUUUCGCUUUUUGAAAGGAAAGUCUAUAAGUUAACCUGUCCAGCUUGUGACAAAUUUAGUACGCUUUUUACUUUUACUUUUUUUUUUUUCUUAACUCAUUAUUGUCUUUGCCAUGUAAAAGCAAGUUUAUUAACUAAAAGACAAGCUUAGAAGCUGGUACUGCAUAACGUAUCUUACUGUAACUCUUUUUUUUUCUGACAUUGGAAUUUGUUUGUGAUGUACAUUGUGAGACUGUUCUCUAUGUUAAUUUAAUCAGCACAAUUCACUGACAUGCUGGACUGACAUGCUAGCUGCUGUUCUGUAAAGUGUAAAGUUUGCUGUUGGGGACAACCGAGACUGUUGUUAUGGUACUUUGCUUUUUUUGUUUGUUUCUAUAGCAACUUGGUGGGUGUGACUCUUAAUGCGCUAGGGCUGCUAUUUUGACACCUGCUAGCAAACUCUUACUUGCAAGUUCUCUGCAUAGAAAUCGUUCAGUGCAGGUACCUUGGCCAGGGACAGGUAUUGUUUGGGCGUUUAUAGAAAAAAUAGUGUCUGUUGCUGCUUUGAAAAAAUGUUAUAAGUCUGAAAAUGUAAAUAGUUUAUCAAAAUAUCUUGUACAGUCCAGUGUAAAGUUUUUAAUUGAACUUAAGGUUGCCAUCACAUUUGUCUUCACACUCUCUUCUUUAUACAGUGCAAAAGACAGCUAUUUGCUAAGGAUAUUAUUGUUAAAAAAAAAAAAAAAAAAAAAAAAAAAAAAAACUAAGAAAAAAACAUGAGGAAAAAAAAACAUCUUUUUUUUUGCUUGGCUUCAUGAUGUAAACCAGCCUUUCAUUGGUUUUCAUGUGCAGUAUUGACGUGAGGUUAACUAAAGGUUAAAUCAUUUUACAGUGGUACGUUAAGGAGUCUCGUCUCCUCUGUCUUGGUAGUAAUUAAUUCAUUAAAAUUACAACAAUGGUAAUACACCAGCCAAGAGACACAUCCUGGUGUGCAUAGGCACCUUGGGUAUGUGUACAAAGCUUUUCGAUCUGUUUUAUUUUUUGGUUGUUUUUUGUUUUGCACAAAGCAUUUUUGGCAUAUUGUAAUGUAACACCAUCUUUAGAUAUAUUUAAUCAGUUGUUGUAACAUGACAGGGGUUUGGGAUCCCUCCUGGGGAGUGACUGCCUGUUUUAAGCUCAUUUACCUCAAGAGUGUCCUCCUUUUCCUAAAAAAAAGUUUCACCAUCACUCCAUCUUUUGUACUGCUGUUGACACUUACAAAUUAAAGAGAAUUUUUGUUUUAAGAUA